GAAACUGAGGCAGACAACCUCAGAUGAGAAUGAAGACCUUUGCUAUUCUCCUGUUGCUAUAUGUGGCUGUCUCCUCCACAUUUCCUGUGGCUCCAGAAGGAGAAGAUGAAAGAAAAACCCUACAGAUUGUAGAGAGCUAUCUACAGAAUUUCUACGACCUUCAAAAGGAUCACCAUCCCCAUUUAAGAAGCAAUGGUGAAAACCCCCUUACUGCAAAGCUCAAGGAAAUGCAGUCAUUCUUUGGACUAGAAGUGACUGGAAAACCUGAUCUUGAAACAUUGGAGGUGAUGAAAAAACCCAGAUGUGGUGUACCUGAUGUAGAGCAAUAUGUGUUCACACCAGGGAAUCCCAAAUGGAAAAGAAAUAAUCUGACAUACAGGAUUUUGAAUUACACCCCAAAGAUGCGACGAGCUGAUGUAGAAGAAGCAAUCAGAAAAGCUCUCAGUGUCUGGAGCAACGUGACACCACUGACAUUCCAAAAGGUUGACGACAAAGAAGCAGAUAUAAUGAUCUCUUUUGCUUAUAGAGACCACCGGGACAAUUCUCCUUUUGAUGGUCCCAAUGGACAGCUGGCUCAUGCAUUCCAGCCUGGUGAAGGCAUUGGUGGAGAUGUGCAUAUGGAUGAGGAGGAAGCCUGGACAAAAGAUGGAAGAGGCUACAAUUUGUUCAUUGUUCUUGCCCACGAGCUUGGCCAUUCACUGGGACUAUCUCAUUCAAAUGAUCCUGGAGCACUGAUGUAUCCAACUUACUCCUACACCGACCCCAAUGAAUUCCUUCUUCCUCAGGAUGACAUUGAUGGAAUUCAGGCCAUUUACGGACGGUCUAAUGCUGCUGUGCAACCAACAGGACCCAUAACUCCAGAAGCUUGUGACCCAAAUUUGACAUUUGAUUCUAUUACUACCCUACGUGGAGAAAUAUUCUUCUUCAAGGGCAGAUACAUGCUGCGCAAGCAUCCUGCAAGGACAGAGACAGAGCUCAAUUUUAUCUCACUGUUCUGGCCAAGGUUACCAUCAGGAAUUCAAGCUGCUUAUGAAAACAUUGAGACGGAUGAAAUUAUAAUUUUUAAAGAGGAUAAAUACUGGGUCAUCAGGGGAUAUGACGUUCUACCUGGCUACCCCAAACCAAUCUAUCGUUUUGGGUUCCCGAAGACCGUUAAAAGAGUUAAUGCAGCUUACAAUGAUGAAACCACAGGAAAAACAUACUUCUUUGUAGCAGACAGAUACUGGAGAUAUGAUGAAAAGAAAAAAUCUAUGGAUCAUGGGUAUCCCAGAAAAAUAGUCUCCAACUUUGGAAACAUUGGCAGAGUUGAUGCUGCUUUCCAGAAAGAUGGCUAUGUGUAUUUCUUCCAUGGAACAACUCAAUUCCAGUUCGAUCCUCAUGCCAAACGGAUUGUUCGACAAAUGAAGAGCACCAGCUGGUUUAAUUGUUAAUUGCAAUGUUUUUCCAUGUGUACAAUGCAUGUUUUUAUCUGCUGUGUUUUUUCAGCAUUUUCAUGAUU